AUGAGCCAGCCAAUCCCCCGCCCCCCUGGAGUGCCUCUUCUGGGUAACCUGUUCAACGUCAAUCCGAGCAACACAUGGGACUCGCUCAAGAAGCUCUCGGAGGAAUACGGCGAGAUCUUCCAAAUAAAGGUGCUCGGCCACGGCAUUGUCUUCGUGGCCAGUGCCGCUCUGGCUGAAGAGCUCUGCGACGAGAAGCGCUUCCGCAAGUAUGUUGGCGGGCCCGUCGUCGAGAUACGUGCUGCCGUCCAUGACGCGCUUUUCACAGCCUACGAUCAUGAGGAGAGUUGGGGCAUUGCCCACCGCAUCAUUGCGCCAAAGCUUACUCCACAGUCAAUGGCCGAUCGCUUCGAAGAGAUGCGCGACACGGCCACGGAGCUCAUCGACAAGUGGAGAGUCCUCGGAGAAGACAACGAGGUGUCCCUGAUCAGCGAGCUGAACCGUCUGAACCUCGAGGCGACAACACUUACUCUACCCGGCCUCGUCAACUGGUUUCUCAAGGGCAAAUUCAACAAGUCCAUCAAGGUCAUGCGAACGUAUGCCCAGGAAAUGGUCGACCAUCGCAAAGCACACCCCUCUCUGGACGGCCGAAACGACCUUCUCUCCGUCCUCAUGAAUGGGAAAGACCCCCAGACGAACCAGAGUCUCCGAGAAUCGCAAGUCAUCGACAACAUCGUAUCCAUGCCGAUCGGCAGCAGCACGGCGCCUGCCCUCGUUUCGACUGCAAUCUACUUUCUCCUCAAGAACCCGCACGUCAUCGUCACGGCGCGUAAAGAGAUUGAGUUCGUGCUGGCCGGUGGUGAACUCACCUAUGCGCACCUGUCGCAGCUUCACUACAUCGAAGGCAUCAUGAGAGAAUCACUGCGUCUAUCAUUCGCCGCACCGGGUUUCAACAUUGAGCCGAUCCCCAGGGAGAAUGACACCAGUCCGGUGGUCCUAGGCCAAGGCAAAUACCAGGUUGCUCACAAUCAGCCAAUGAUUAUUGUCCUGGCCGGCGUGAAUCGCGACCCGGCAGUCUUUCAAGACCCGUUAGCCUUCGUUCCCGAGAGAAUGAUGGGUGAGACAUUCGACAAUCUGCCCGUGAGCGUCAAGAAGUGGUUCGGAAACGGAAAGCGCGAAUGUAUUGGUAAACACUAUGCGUGGCAGUGGAACAUGGUUGCUCUGACGAAGCUCAUCCGCGGGGUCAAUUUCGCAAUGGUGGACCCAAGCUAUGAGUUGAAGCAGGAUGGGUGGUUCAACCUAAGACCUGUGGACUUCAUGGUCAAGGUCAGGCCGAUUUGA